UCACUUCUCAGCAAUUGAUGUGCAACUGUGUGAGUUUCAUUUCUUAGAGGAUCCUCUGGCACAAAGCGGGAACUGGUUUUACAUCCAGGAAAGAAAAAUAUACACUAACAUGGAGGAUAGGAACUGCUCUUUGGUGGAGUAUUCGGUACAGCGGCAAGUUUUGAAUGAGGUAUCCCUGGAUGAGGUGGCGCAAAAAGGGAUAUGGUCUACAAAGCCAACCUUCAGUGAACGUCUCAAAGGCUCCAUGAGGUGCUCUGUGCCCCGUGCCAAACAAGUUUUGAUGAACUGGGUGCCUGUUCUUGAAUGGCUGCCUAAAUACGCCAUCAGAGAGAAUGCAAUGGGGGACCUGAUCGCCGGCUGCAGCGUGGGCAUCAUGCAUUUACCACAAGGCAUGGCGUAUGCUCUUCUGGCUUCUCUGAGCCCAGUGUUUGGCUUGUACACCUCGCUCUACCCGGUUCUGGUCUACUUCAUCUUUGGCACUUCUAGACACAUCUCAAUCGGUACCUUUGCAGUGAUCAGUAUCAUGAUCGGGAGUGUGACCGAGCGGUUGGCUCCUGAUAGUAACUUCCUUGUUAAUGCUACAAACGGGACAGGAAGUGUAAAUAUCAACGAACGGGAUGCUUACAGAGUUCAGAUAGCCAGCUCGCUCACAGUCCUAGCAGGAUUGUUUCAGAUCCUGUUGGGUGUGGUGAGGUUUGGUUUCGUGGUCACUUACUUGUCUGAGCCGCUGGUUCGAGGAUACACCACAGGAUCAGCGUGCCAUGUGUUGUGCUCCCAGCUCAAAUAUUUGUUUGGGGUAACUCCAGCUCGCUUCUCCGGUCCAUUCUCGCUCAUUUACACUCUGGUGGAAAUAUGCCGCUUGCUACCCCAGACCGUGGUCCCGGAGCUGGUGGUGAGUCUGGUGGCCCUCUCCAUUCUCAUUGUGAUCAAAGAGCUCAAUCAAUACUACAGGCAGAAGCUGCCCCUGCCUAUUCCCAUAGAACUCAUCAUGAUCAUUGCAGCAACAAUCAUCACACAUUUUUGUGGCCUUGCUACAAAAUACAACAUUGAUAUUGUCGGUGAGAUCCCAAGUGGGCUUAAGGCCCCCCGAGCUCCAGAUGUGACGCUGUUCUCUACAUUGAUCGGUGACGCUUUUGCCAUUGCCAUUGUGGGCUAUGCCAUCAACAUUUCUCUUGGUAAAACGUUUGCCCUCAAGCAUGGCUACAAAGUGGAUAGCAACCAGGAGCUGGUUGCUCUCGGACUUAGCAACACCAUCGGCGGCUGUUUUCAGUGUUAUUCCGUGACUUCUUCCCUGUCGCGGAGCCUCAUUCAGGAGAGCACUGGGGGAAGAACACAAGUCGCAGGACUGAUUUCUUCCAUCAUCGUUCUGAUUACGGUCUUAAAAAUAGGAUCUCUUUUUGAAGCUCUCCCAAAGGCUGUCUUAUCCACAAUAGUGUUUGUGAACUUAAAAGGAAUGUUUAAGCAGUUCUCUGAUGUGCCUAUGCUGUUCAAGACCAACAAGGUUGACUUGCUUGUGUGGCUGGUAACAUUCACAUCCACCAUUCUACUCAACUUGGACCUGGGUUUGGCUGUCUCCAUUGCCUUUUCUAUGCUGACGGUUAUCUUCCGAACCCAGCUGGCACGCUAUUCAAUCUUGGGCCAAGUACCAGCCACCGAUUUAUAUCUGGACGUAGACACAUACAAAGAGGCUAAAGAGAUUCCCGGAAUCAAAAUCUUUCAUUCUUCCGCAACUAUCUAUUACACCAAUGCUGAGAUGUACUUGGAGGCCUUACAAGAAAAGAGUGGCCUUCAAAUUGGAAAACUGCUGGCAGCAAAGAAAAAACAAGACGCAAUGCUGAAGCAGCAGGAGAAAAAGUCAGACAAGAAUGAAGCAAAGCAUCAACAGAGUGCCAGUAAUCUGUCCAAUAACACAUCCUCCUUGGAAGAGAUCAAAAUCACUGCAGCACUGAAAGAGAAUUUUAAGCAUGGUAUACCCUUGAAGGCGACCGAAUCUGCAGUGAAUGGAUUUGGUAAAGGCCACGUGAACCAGGCCUACCAAUCCGACACAAUGUCCGACUUCAAUUGUGACAUGGGAAGGUCGCAGUAUUAUGACAGCAACGCGCUGGCUUCGAAAGAGAGCCAUGACAAGAAAGGACUCACCGAUGCACAGGUUCCUCACAGCAUCAUCUUGGACCUCUCAACAACUAGCUUUGUGGACACCGUCGCCGUGAAGACCUUGAAAAAUAUUUUCCAGAACCUAACAGAUAUUGGUGUAGGAGUCUACCUCGCUGGCUGCCAAGCCUGUGUGGUGGAGCAGCUGGAAAGAGCAGGUUUCUUCUCAGAGUUGCUCCCAAAGAGCAGGUUGUUCGUCACCAUUCAUGAUGCAGUGCUCCACAUCCUUAACAAACCUGGACAGAGCGACGUCAACCUUGAUGUUUCUUACACCACCACAAUGUGAACAGCAGGGGACAGCCUGUUCCAACUCACCAUUCUCCUCUUGAACUAGUGGCGUGCCGUUGCUCACUAUUGGUCCACAUUGUCUCCUCCCCCCCAUACAGGGAGAAAGUCCACCACCUUAACAUGGCAGCACAAUUACCAUGGAAAUGCAGGGAGCCGUUGCCGUGACAACAAGCGUUUUGUUAUAUUGUCUAAUGAGAUGAGGUGUCACCAAAGCUCUCACACUAUGUGGCCCUGUGAAAGGCAGAGAAGGGGGGUUGCGUGGGAGAAUCUAACACGGGAGUAAUAGCCAUGUAUUUAUAGCUUGUGUGAGAGGCUAAAGAGUGAGCACAUAUUUGUUACCAGUAUUUUUGUUUUUGUUUUUAGUGGUUCCAAGAAUGAAUAUGCUUGAAUUGCUUUGACAGUUUAAUAAGUGUCCUGCUGAUAUCUUGAGCUUACUUCUUCAGGGACCCAGCAUAAUGUUGGCAAUGUUCACUUUCACAAGACAAUGUGUGUAUAUACUAGUGGGAUGAACACAAACCAGUGAAUGUAAAUCUUUUCUUAGUGGUUUAUUAAACU